AUGACGGGACGUGCUGCUCCUUUAUUCCUCGAAAUAAUUGCCGAAAUCGAUCCCUCGCAGCGAAGGACUGAAAUAGGACUUCCGGAAUCAGUCGUCGGUAUACACAAUAUCUACCGCUUUCCAUCUCACUUCUAUGACAUGCGCGUAACAGUGUAUUUUCGUACUUCAAUCUACUUCCUCGCCUUCCUCGUCAUCAGACUCCUCGAGCAUAUCCAGACCUACGGGACCACCCAAGUGCUUCUUGGUACUCAAUUGGAAUGUAUAAUCCCUUUGGAAAUCCAAAUUGUCCUGGCUACUCCUCUGGUUGUGUUCGUCUUGCUCGUCCUCGAAUCGCUCUGCAAGAUGCAGGUGGAUGACAAGUAUCUCCCUGACAUACCUAAGCGUGAGACUGAUAACAGCAUCAACUGGGUUGUAAUUUCUAUAUUGCCAGACUGCCGAAAAUGUGCAUCUACUAUCUAUCCAUCACACGUCAAAAAUGAUAUAUUAUACAACAGGACUGGUGACACCAGGCCUCAACCAACGCCCUCGAAAUCAUACCUCCUCACCAAACGGCAUGACGAGAAUCUGGGGAUGUCCAAUCCAGCUAGGCGCAUACCCGAAGAGCCGGAUACUCACCCCACCCCUGUAGAACCAAUGACAUGCUCAUACGGUACUAAGCAUGGCGAAAGAACGUGUGGUUGUGGGUGUCCACGCUUCGCGUCCCUACGUAACUUCCUGCUGUACGUACGGCCGAACCUUCUACUACCACCACACCACCAAGCUAUGUUCUCUGGCAUGCCACAUCACGAAUCCGUCUAUGGCUACUACGAUGAGCUCGUAGAAGAAGAAAAACAAUCCUACCAAGAAGCCAAGACCACCAUUGCUACCGCCCAUCAGAUCCAGGAUGAACUGAAGGAGCUUCGCCAGGAAACCGCGUUGUUGAUGUAUCGUUGCCAGUGUAUCACUGCGCGAACUCCAAAAUUGGUGCCACCACGCGCUGUUCCAUCUACUACCCUUCCGAAGCGUAAACGCAAAAGCUCUUCCUCGGCGACUCCUGUCUUGCACCGUAAACCGUCCUCAGCGAUGUUGCAAAUGAUUACCAACACCAACCUUCUGAAGGAACUUACGAGGAAGAAGCGAAAGGUGUAG